CACUUCAUAAAAACUGUUACAUUUUCAGAAUAUUGAAUGUAAGAAAAUGUUCGCGUGGUCUAACAUAAAUGUUUUGUACCAUUUAAAAAAUGUUGAAAAUAAGUAUUUUAAAAACGUUCAAUGUGUAUAAGAAAAUAUUCCGCAUGUAUAUGAGUAAUGCACAAUGUGGUUUAGCUUAGACAAGUGUUGAAAAAAUAAAUUAAAACACACACGAAGAAGACCGGUGAAUAAAUGCCAAAUAAAAACGAAGAUUCCCGAAGAAACUGAUGAAGAAAAGCAGGAAAACAACAGUAACCCCAACAAACUGAAGAAACCCGAUGAAGAAAUGUGAGUAACCAGCCAAAAACGAAGAAACCCGAAAAAACGAACCAAAAGAAACAAACGGAGAAUCGAAGGUGUACAUCCGUUACUUGGACUGGGCUGCUUGCAGUAGGCGAGCCAGAGCUACAUCUCGCGCAGUAGGCGAGAUAUUAAAAAUAAUCUAUCGGCUGCCUGCUGCUUCUGCUGAGACAACUCGAAGCAAGAAAAAAAUCAAUCCCCAAAUCCUCUCACGGCAGCGCGGCCUCCCGCUCCCACACGCGGCGGCCGGCGGGACGGACGUCGGGUUGGGGGCGGCGCCGAGCACGCACUUGCAGUGCGCUGCGGCCUUCCGCACUCGCCAGGUCGAGCUGACAAGGUCGGCUCGGCGGAGCCAGCUGGAGGGGCUGAGGGAGGCCGAUUCCCCCGGCUGCACUCACGGUGUUCGUCGGAUUGCCGCGCCGGCUCAAGCGGCCGACCGCGCGGUGCUUCCUCCGUGCCGCGUUCCUGUAGCACGGGCGGUCGCAGCGCCCAGCGAGGGGCGGAAGGAAGAGGCAAGGAGAGAGUUCUUCGCCGGCCAUGUCAUCUCUGGCGAGCUGGUCGCCACUCUCCGUGCUGCCAGACGGCGUUUCCAUGUUACCGGCAUUGGCGAAGAACAUCGGCGCCAAAUUCCUUCGAUGCAGCAGCUUUAGUUGUCGGCCUACUGCUCUGGUCUCUUGCGCUGGGUCAUCCAGCGGAGGUAUGGCCAAGGAAUCGGCCUACGGUAAGCAGCAGGCGUACAAAGCGGACGCCUCUGCGGAUAAUGAAGAGGGUGGUUCGGAGUGGAGCAAGGACGAGAUCGAGGCCAUCUCGGCGCUGUUUGCCCGGCCGAUGCGCCGGAAGCCAGUGAAGCCGCCGAACCCGGCGACACAGCGGCCUCUCCCGCUGCCGCUGCCCCACAAGACGAGGCCACCCGUCACUCCAGCACCGACACAGCACGUCCGGCUGGCUUCACGCUCCAUGUUCAGCGACAAGGUGCGCAAGAACCCCGAGGUCCUCAUUGGGAUUGCCAAGGAGAUCGCUGCGCUCCCGCCGGAGUCUGAUGUGUGCAAAGUGCUGGACCGCUGGGUCCCCUUCCUCCGGAAAGGCUCCCUGUCCAUGACCAUCCGGGAGCUCGGGCACAUGGGGCUUCCUGAGAGAGCGCUUCAGACACUGUGUUGGGCACAGGGGCAGAAGGCAGUGCCUCUGUUCCCUGAUGACCGGAUCCUCGCUUCGACCAUCGAGGUUUUGGCGCGCUUCGACGAGCUGAAGUUGGAGUCUGCGCUUGAGGAGUGCGUCCCCUCGGCGAGCCGCGCUGUCCUCGAAGCCAUGGCGAGGGGGUUCAUCAGGGCUGGCAAAGUAGGCCUGGCACGCAAGCUCCUUGAACUUGCCAGGAUGAACAAGAGGACACUGCACCCAAGCAUCUACGCGAAGCUGAUUCUGGAGGUUGCCCGGACACCUGAAGGCUAUGGGCUUGCUGCUGCACUGCUCGAUGAGCUCGGUGAGAGGCCAGACUUUGACCUGCGGCAGCAGGACUGCACAGCUGUCAUGAAGGUCUGCAUAAAGCUCAGGCGGUAUGCAGCCGUGGAGAGCCUGUUCAGCUGGUUCAGAGGGUCUGGCGGGAACCCAACUGUUGUGAUGUACACUACAGUGAUCCACAGCCGCUCCCGUGAUGGGAGGCACCGAGAGGCGUUGGCCCUGGUUUGGGAAAUGGAACAGGCAAACUGUCUUCUUGACCUGCCGGCGUACCGGGUCAUCGUGAAGCUGUGUGUGGCAUUGCUUGAUCCAGAAAGGGCUUUUCGGUACCUCUCGAGGUUGAAGGAGGCUGGAUUCGUUCCGACCAGUGACAUAUACUGUAAUUUGAUUGAAGGCUAUGCCGCAGCAGGGAGGAUGGCCAGGUGCCGGCAGCUGAUCAGGGAGGCUGAGUCAAUCGGCGUGUUGCUAGACAAGAGGCUGAUUUCAAGCUUGUCUGAGAUGGGUGAUAGACGUCCUUGAACCACUGGAAAGUAAAAGUCUGUGCUUGUGUAAUUGUCUAGAGGAGUUGAUGAUAACCACGAUGCUUCAUCAGCUACUCAAUCGUCGACGCCUCCACCUCGGUACUAUUUUUGAACCGUCUAAGUUUUCUCCUCAGAAUUUUCAGAUAAUGUCAGUUUUUUUCUGAGGAAAGGCCUAUGAUAUUGGUAAAUGGGGUUUACAAAACAGAUGUAAUUAAUAUUUUGUUGCUCUUUUUAGAUCUGAUGGUAAUCUUUUUGCCAUCUGAACAGAAAGUUUAUAAAAGAAUAUUUGACUGGGAAACUGUAAGGUAGUCUGUCAUUUAGCAGUGGUAGUGCACUUACAGGACCAUAAGGGGCUUAAUCAUGAGCAAGGAACUGAAAGUUGACUUUUUUGGAAGAGCAGUAUGAUUUCCCCAAGAGAAGCUCCCAUUAUCGUCUUCUGUUGUGUUGGUCUGAAUAUUCUGAAGAAUACGUCUGAAGAUAAGGAAAUCAUCUAAGGAGCGGCAGCUGGAACGGAUCCCGGGGGUCAUCAACUUAUAGCGCCUUCUUGACAGAUACAGAGUUGUUGAUAGCAGCAGAGUGAAGUCUUGGGAGCAGCUGCUUCGACCCAUUCUAGUUGUCUAGUCCAGCCAUGGAUAGGCAGAGUUGCCCUUCCUCUGAUGGAAGACGUGGCAAAGUUAAUGAAUUUGUUAAGUCAGGUUCAGGACUUUGUAUGAUAGCUAAAAUCAAAGUAAACCCUUUAUAUAUAAUUCAGUGCAAAUUUCUGUGGAAAAUACAUGUUAGCUACACUAGCAUAUGUCUGUAAAAGAUUAUUGUACCGAAAAGAUUAUUGCAUCUCUGAAAAUUUUCAGA